GCUGACCGGUCUGUUGUCACAUCUAUCAAGGAUCUUCAACUUGAAAGCAUCAUGCUGAGAUUGUCCGCAUUUCUGUUGUUGGGGGCCUGCUCCCUGGGGGUCAUCGCCGGACGCAGUACCUACGGCGGAAGUUUGAGUGGCGGAAAUGGCGGAAUUGCCGGGCUUCUCGGGGCUUCACGAAACGGUGGCCUAAACGGGAUUGGCAGCAUGGGCGCCGGUAAUAACGGAAGAAAUGAAGCGGGAGGUGUAAGCGGAGCAGGUGCCGUCAACAUGCAGGUCUUUCCCUACGCGCCAUUUCUGCCAAAUAGCGGUGCUAGAUCUCGCUCAUUCAGAUCGGGAAUGGGAUUAGCUGGUUUUGGUGGACUCAGCUUUGGCGGCCAAGGAGCAGGUAGAUCAGGCAAUUCUGGUUCCUACGGCUCUAGCGGUGGCGCAGGUAUUGCAGGUAUUGCAGGUUUAAGCAGUGGUCUUCGUAUGCUCCCCCGAAACGGAGAUGGUGGUAGCCUCGUCAACAUUGAACCAAAUGUUGUUGAUUUCGUACCUUUGUCCAUGUCAUCAGUCAGGGGCUUCCCUACCCGUCCUGAUACGAUCCCAGUUAACAGUAUGGUUGCUGUUGGCAUGAACGCGAACGCCGGUGGUAUGGGCGCAGGUGGCAUUAACGCGAACGCCGGUGCUAUGGGCGCAAGUGGAAUGAACGCGAACGCCGUUGCUAUGGGCGCUAGAAGUAUGAAUGGAAACGGAGGUGCUGUAUCCGCUGUGGGAGCGGGUAUGGACAGCAUGAACGCCGCUGCCGUGAACGCUGUAUUGAACGCAGGGAUGAACACAGGAACUGCAUUGAAUGCCAGAAAUACUGGUAUUGGCACUAACACGGCUGCUGUCGAUAUGGGUGCUGCGAUAGUCGCUAUGAACACCAUGGCCGGAGCUGGAAGGAACGCUGGCAUGAACGGCGGCAUGAACGGUGGCAGGAACUCGGUCAUUGGAGGAGGAAUGAACGACAGCGUUAUGAGAGCCCUCGGAGCUGGUAUGGGCGCUGGCGUUGGUGGUUCAACUGGUGGAGUGAACGCGCCGAUGGUGUCUGUGGCCAUGAUGCCGUUGGCUGUUGCCGGAAAUGCCGGUCAAAUGAAUUUAGGUGGCAGGGGGGAUGCCAUCAGCGGCGGCAUCGCAGGGUUCGGGAUGCAGGGCCUCACUUACAUUGGGAACGGAUGUUACAUCGACGAAUCUGGCAACAUUGUGAAGCUUGGUGAGGGAGUAGUGGGAGUUGCAGGAGUGGCGGGGGCUGGAAACCGCGGUUCCGGCCGCCGGGCUGGAGGCAAAUGGAAACUCUAGGCUCAAAAUCCGGCAUAUUGAUUGACUCCGGUAAAUGUACUACAGCUUCUGCCAAUUUGCGCUGGUCGUACAGUCCAGUGCACAAUAUUUCCCUAUUCUUUGCUUUUUGUAUUGUUUUUAUGAAAUAAAUUGCUUUGUUUUGCACACAGA